AUGAAGCUUGCGUUGAAGACGAUGCGGGCCGAUGAUAAUGUCGGCCGCCGUGUGAACGUCAACUCUGCGACUAUGAAAUGCGACUACUCACAAGUCGACAUUGCAUUUUCGUCGACACACACAUUUGCGUUCUGCCCUCCGUCCGCCAUCUUCAACCCCGUUCCCAAACGCGCGGAAUGCUCGGCGUUGCGCUUGCGCCACGAUGGAACGGGGAAUCGGCAGGUCCUUUCCCUUUUGGUCUUACUCCACUGCUGUCGCGACAUGUUCUGGGCCAUGCUCUGCGCUACCUGCCGCGCUAACGGCGUGUCUCUUUCCCCAUCUCCGAAUCGUUCCUUCCCCCAAUGGCCCUUUGGUUUGGCCGACGCAGCGUCGCUCCUACCCUCGCUUUCUGAUAUUGCCCUGCGGGAACUGUGCUUUGGAAACUGCCGCUUGUAUUCUAUGGGAUGCACCAGAUGGAAGGUGCUGUGA